CUUAUUCUAAUUAAAAAUCUGAAUGAAAACCCGAGGAUGUGUAGCACGUUUAAAACAGAUAAACCUUCACUUCAGGCACAGAUGGUUGCAAUGAGGACUUUUCUGUUAGGACAUAUUUUAUGUGUACAUAUAAAUAUGUAUGUGAUUACUGAUGUUUUAACAUUAAAAACACAAUCCUGUUUAAAAAUCACGUUUACUGACGUCGCUGUAAUUCAGUUGCAUGUUUGAGAAACAGGCCGGCCUUUAGAUGAUGAGAUGAAAAUAUUUUUAUUUUUAGAUGAGAAAAUAAUUCUGCCUUUAAAAAUAUUUCACCACUUAAAUAUUGCAAAAUAAGUUUAUUUAAUCAGUAACUUCUGUGUGACUGGAUGGACAGAACAGGAAGGGAUGCGUCUAUGUCUUUUAUGCAGUUUCUUCUUCCAAACCUAAUUUUCUAUUUUUGAGUGCUGAAGGCUGCGGUAAUAACCUAAUGCCCUUUAGUGUUUAUUUCCCCUUUCCUCGAAGUCCAUGUGCUGCCUUAACCAGAUCAGUAAAGCCUACUCUACUCUACUCUACUCUACUCUACUCUACUCUACUCUACUCUAUUCUACUCUAUUCUACUCUACUCUAUUCUACUCACUCUACUCUAUUCUACUCUACUCUACUCUACUCUACUCUACUCACUCUACUCUAUUCUAUUCUACUGUAUUCUAUUCUACUCUACUCUACUCUACUCACUCUAUUCUACUCACUCUACUCUAUUCUACUCUACUCUACUCACUCUAUUCUAUUCUAUUCUACUGUACUCUGUUCUAUUCUAUUCUACUUUACUCUACUCUACUCACUCUAUUCUACUCACUCUACUCUAUUCUACUCUACUCUACUCUACUCUACUCACUCUACUCUAUUCUAUUCUAUUCUAUUCUACUCUACUCUACUCUACUCACUCUACUCUAUUCUGCUCUACUCACUCUACUAUAUUCUACUCACUCUACUCUAUUCUAUUCUACUCUACUCUACUCUACUCUACUCUACUCUACUCUACUCACUCUAUUCUACUCACUCUACUCUAUUAUACACUACUCUACUCACUCUAAUCUAUUCUACUCACUCUAUUCUACUCUACUCUACUCUACUCACUCUAUUCUACUCUACUCCACUCACUCUACUCUAUUCUACUCUUCUCUACUCACUCUACUCUACUCACUCUACUCUAUUCUACUCUACUCACUCUACUCUACUCUAUUCUAUUCUAUUCUACUCUACUCUACUCUACUCUACUCUACUCUACUCUACUCUACUCACUCUACUCUAUUCUACACUACUCUACUCACUCUACUCUAUUCUACUCACUCUACUCUACUCUACUCACUCUACUCUACUCUUCUCACUCUACUCUAUUCUACUCUACUCUAUUCUACUCUACUCACUCUACUCUACUCACUCUAUUAUAUUCUAUUCUAUUCUACUUUACUCUACUCUCUCUACUCAACUCUACUCUACUCACUCUAUUCUACUCUAUUCUGCUCUACUCUACUCUACUCUACUCUAUUCUAUUCUACUUUACUCUACUCUACUCUAUUCAACUCAACUCUACUCCACUCUACUCUACUCUACUCUCUUCUACUCUCCUCUACUCAACUCUAUUCUAUUCUACUCCACUUUAUUCUAUUCUACUUAACUCUACUCUACUUUGGUCUACUCUAUUCUACUCUCUUCUAUUAUACUCUACUCUAUUCUAUUCUACUUUACUCUACUCUAUUCAACUCUACUCUACUCUAUAAAAGAAACUCAUU